CUUUUUCAUGCUGGACGCUAAAUGACAGACCAGACAGAGUAAUGAAAACAUAACGACAAUUUUUUAGUUUGUCCUCCUUUUUUCUACGGGCCCUCUUUACCAAUUUUCAGCGUUCUUGGCUUUUAAAGAAAGUUAGUAUUAAUUAUCCAAACCUCUUUGAUGUUCUGGAGUCUUGAGGAAUAAAAUCCGUUUUUGUACAUAGUAAUAUUUAUGUUGGCAAGUGAUCGGCUUCAUUAAAAUAUUGAUAAUUGUCAGUUACUUUCUCCUCGAAGCUGGGAAGUUAAUUUAACAUCUCGGCUCACUUGUUGGAGGCAUGGAAGGUUGUUUUAGUCCUAAUGGAACUGUGAGAGUAGUGGGACUUCACCUCCCAAUUCUUCAAUGGGGACAACAAAGGACUUAAGAAUUAAUAAUCUAAGAGAAAUACUCUACCCAUUUAAAUUGUGUUCUUAAUCUUUUCUUAUUAUAAUUUUAAUUGCAUUUUGUUGCACAUACACUAGGUUCUUUCCCCCCCAUAUAGAUUUGUGUGGUGCUUUCUCUUGCUUGUUCAUCAGUAAAAUAAUACACGAGCAAGAAUAAAAAAAUCUUCAUACUUUCUUGACUGAUAUUGUUCUUGACCUCUCACUUGUUACCCAUUUCAGCAAAUUACAUCCGAGGAUGGAAAUUAUUUCUAGCCAUGGUGCCCACUGCUGUGACUCUGUAAAUAUUAGAUACGUAACAUAUUUCGAUACACAACGGUCAAAGCUUCGCGCUGCAAAGGAUAAACGUUUUUAUCCCUUUGUAAUUGAAUCAAGAUUUGCAAAUUCAAGAUAUUCCCAUCAGCAGUAUAGAGCUUCCACAGCAGUUUGCUCGCUUGAGAGAUGUGAACAUGACAAUUCAAGUCUCUUAAGUGAAACUUGUGACUCUUAUGUGCUCGGCAGAAAGAAGGGUGUUACAAGUACUGGCAUUGGCAUUAGUCAUCCAAUGCCUAAAGUCUCGAUUCCUGGGCUGCCAAAUGAAGAUAAUGGUGAAAGGGUAGCUUCUAUAAGCAGCUGUUAUUGGGAAUGGAAGCCAAAAUUAAAUGUACAUUAUAAAACAUCAGGGAGUGAAAAUGUGGAUUCACCCCCUGUCCUUUUUCUCCCUGGCUUUGGCGUGGGCUCGUUUCAUUUUGAUAAACAGCUAAAAGAUCUGGGUCGUGAUUAUAGAGUGUUUGCUCUAGAUUUUCUCGGUCAAGGCAUGUCUUUGCCGCAAGAAGAUCCAACUUUGGGAUCAAAGGAUGGAAAUAAGUUCAUUUUAGACGGACAAGUUGAUCUUUGGGGUUUGGGAGAUGAAAGCGAGCCAUGGGCGAAAGAGCUUGUUUAUUCUGUUGAUUUGUGGAGAGAACAAGUACAGUAUUUUGUGGAACAGGUAAUUAGAGAACCCGUUUAUCUUGUGGGAAAUUCACUCGGAGGGUUUGUGGCUCUCUAUUUAACGGCAUGCAACCCUGAAUUGGUGAAAGGUGUAACUUUGCUUAAUGCAACUCCUUUCUGGGGGUUUCUGCCUAAUCCCGAAAUAUCUCCGAAAUUGUCGAAACUGCUUCCAUGGGAUGGAACAUUUCCUCUUCCUCCUGGUGUUAGAAAAUUGGUAGAAAUUUUAUGGCUCAAAAUUAGUGAUCCAAGAAGUAUAGCAGAUAUACUGAGGCAGGUUUAUGCAGAUCAUACAACAAAUGUGGACGAAGUUUUCUCCCAAAUUAUCGAGACAACUCAACAUCCAGCUGCUGCUGCAUCCUUAGCCUCCAUUUUAUUUGCUCCCAGGGGACAAUUAUCCUUUAAUGAAGCUUUAGCUAGGUGUAAAAUGAACAAUAUACCGAUUUGUCUAACGUACGGGAAGGAAGAUCCAUGGGUUAUGCCGAUAUUCGGUUUGCAUGUGAAAAGGCAAGUGCCAAAUGCUCCUUAUUAUGAGAUAAGUCCUGCCGGCCACUGCCCUCAUGAUGAAGUUCCUGAGGUUGUGAACUUUAUUCUGCGAGGUUGGAUCAACAAUCUGGAGUCGGGAGGUUCUAUUGUGCUGCCUUUGUUUGAUAACUCAAAAGAUGCUGAUUAUGGAUUCACAAAGGAGGUCGAAUUUUCCAGAAAAGGAGGGUUCAAAAAAUCAGUUCAGGUGAAGCUCUAUGGAUCCAAAUUCGGGCUAUUGAACUGGCUAAGUUCUCAGUUAAAACUUCUUUCGUACAAUGGAAAGGUUCGAUGGAUUAGUUAGUUAGUAACCCUUCUGCAUUUGAGAUUAUAAAAUCAAACAAUGUUAGUAGAAUGUACAUAACUCUAUUCAUGCAUAAGUAAUUAUAGAUAUCUAUGUAGAAAAGAUGAAUUCUGGUACGUAUGAACAGGAAAGUUGUUGUAAACUAGUGGAAUUUUAGUUGUGAUUCUCUUUUGUUGUGCGUUCACAAAAGCUGGUGUAGGAAUUAUUUAUAGCAGCAAGAAAGUAUAUAUACGUUGAUAUACAGACGCUGUAAAUUUGCGACUUGGUUUCAUUCAGUUUGAAAAUUUAAGAACUGUCGCACUCACUGUAUGCCUUCAGAUUGUUUGAGAUUUAAAUUUGCAUUGUUUUCACAUGAUUGUUAUUAUUAGAAGACAGGAAUAUGUUUGGUUCAGUG